CAUUAGUCCACGUCACGUGUCAUAACAUCAUGGCAUCUGCAGACGAGCAACAAACAAACGCUGACACCAACCAAGACCCCCAGAUGAACGCGGACGAGAAGGACGUAUCUUGUGAUGAAGUGUGUGUUGGUAUUGAUCUUGGGACGACGUACUCUUGUGUGGCUGUUUGGGAGAAUGAUCAUGCAGUUGUGAUUGCAAACAACAUGGGCCACAGAACGACACCAUCAUGGGUGGCUUAUGUGUCGGGUGAUAUGCUAGUUGGAGAAGCUGCUGUGGCACAAGCGAGUAGAAACACUAAGAACACCAUCUAUGAUGCCAAGAGAAUGAUUGGCAGGAAACGAGCUGAUGCCAGUGUGCAACUGUUUGCUCCUCUGUGGCCGUUUGACUUAGCAUACAAUGAGAACUGCUGCAUCACUGUUAAAACAGAGAGUGAACAGAAGGUCAUUACACCAGAAGAAGUAUCUGCUGCUGUGUUAAUGAAAAUGAAGAGAACAGCUGAAGACUACUUGGGACGUCCAGUAAAGUUUGCUGUCGUCACGGUGCCUGCGUACUUUAAUGAUGGACAGCGACAGGCUACUGUAGAUGCGUGUACAAUUGCUGGAAUUGAGUUGAAGAGAAUUAUUAACGAACCAACAGCAGCUGCUCUGGCUUAUGGGUUAGAGAAAGGCACUGGACAGGACAGUCCUAGGAUGUUGCUAAUUUAUGAUUUUGGAGGUGGAACACUUGAUGUCACUGUAUUGGUGAUUGAGGGUCACGUGUUUGAGGUGAAAAGCACGUCAGGAGAUAUGCAACUUGGAGGCCAGGACUUUGACAAUAAUCUUGUUAGACACUUUGCACCACAGGUCACAGAAAAGUGUGAGGGUGCUGACAUUUUGAACAACCCUAAGGCUGUAAAGAAAUUGAGAGAUGCUUGCCAGCAACUUAAACACACACUCUCACACUCUACAGAGGCGAAUGUUGAAGUUGAUGCACUUAUCAAUGGAAAAGACUUUGAUUCGUCUCUAACACGACAGAGAUUUGAUGAGAUAAAUGUAGGACUGUUUGAGCGUUGUCUACUUCCUGUUGAUCAAGCUCUCUCUGAUGCGGGUAUCACAAAGGAGGAGAUUGAUGAGGUGGUCUUGAUAGGAGGCUCGAGUAGGAUAGUGAAAGUGCAGAAUUUGCUAGAAAAACGUUUCAAUGGGAAGCCACUAAGUAAACGAAUCAACCCAGAUGAGGCAGUUGCCAUGGGUGCAGCAAUUCAAGCUGCAAACUUGACUUUAGUAGAAGAGACGAAGGGAAGACUUAAGAAGCGAGGAGGACUAACUUUGAUGGAUGUGACUCCAUUAAGUUUGGGUAUUGAGUUGGCUGGUGGCAAGAUGAGUGUAUUGAUUCCGAGGAAUACAACAAUUCCUUACACUCACACACGAAUGUACUACAAUAAUGAGGAUUAUCAGACACACGCUGUGGUGGAAGUGUUUGAAGGGGAAGACAAGAUGACGUGUAAUAAUAGAUUGUUGGGGAAAUUCAAUCUGCCUGGUAUACCACAAAGACCAAGAGGACAGGUCAAGAUCAACGUAAAAUUCUUUGUUGAUGAGAACGGAAUACUUGAAGUAAUGGCAUCAGUCAGUGAAGAGAAUGGCCCGACAGCCAGUCUUGUAAUUGAAAAAGAAAAGGGUUUACUCUCUGGAUUCGAAGUGCAGCAGAAAGCUGAAGAAGCCCGGUUAUGGGAAGAGAGGACAAAGAAACAUAAACUCAACUAAAAGUUUGUCAAAAACUUUUAAUAUCAACUCAAUAGUUUUAUAGCUUUUGAUAUUAACGCAAAUGCAUGACGUCAUUUGUUCAAUUUAACUUACUUCAUGUCCAAUAAUUUCUGCUAUCGUUUUGGUU